AUGGCUCGGUCGGACCCAGCGCCACGGCUGGACUCGGGGGCUUGGCACAAAAACGGGGUCAGUGGCCGUGGGCGCCUGCGCAGGCGGGGCUGGCUGGCUUGGCGGCCCUGGCUGCGCACCCUCCUCGUGCACCUGCUCCUCAUCUACAUCUCUGUGCCCUUCCUCAUCCGCCUCUUCCCAGUCCUGCUCACCAAAUUUGUCUUCCUGAACUUCUUGGCCUUCCCCUUCUUUGUGGACCUUCGGCGGCCAGAGCUGCUGCUGAACAACACCGUCAGCCUGUACCUCGCCACCGAACCGGGCGUCACAGUCGGCAUCUGGCACACGGUGCCGGGCAGCAGAGGGGCCGAGGCGCAGGGCAAGGACCAGCGCUGGUACGAGGAGGCGCUUGCUGACGCUCACCCCGUGAUCAUCUACCUGCACGGCAACGGGGGGACCAGGGGUGCGAGCCACCGCGUCCAGUUCUUGAAGACGAUGGGGGCUGCUGACUUCCACAUCCUGGCUCUCGAUUACAGAGGCUACGGGGACUCCAGCGGGCACCCCACGGAGAGUGGCUUCACCACGGACGUCCUGGCACUCUACGACUGGGCCAAAGCGCGGAGUGGGAACAGCAGCAUCCUCUUCUGGGGACACUCCUUGGGGACGGGGAUUGCCACGAAUGCGGCAAGGAAAUUGCAGGAGGAGAGAGGUAAGGGCCGCCCCUCGAUUCCUGGGUUCAGUUUUGGGCCCCUCACCCCAAAAAGGCCAUUGAAUGACUCGAGCGUGGCCAGAGAAGGUCUUGCUGCCGGAUGA